CUGGUAACAGGGACGGGACUCUUGGUGGAGAAGUGAUGCUGUGGCAGCGAUAAUGAACCAGCAAGAGAGAGUCGGUCCUGGGACUGCAGCCCCAGCAGAAGGGAGCAGCUGUUCCCGCCUGAGCCCCUGGGUCUUCCUCGUUUCUGCCCUUGCCGUCAAAACUGCCCUUAUGACCGUUGGCCUCGUUGUUCUCUUUCACAGGAGCUGUGGCCAGUACAAGACUCUGCCCCAGAAUGCUUCGGAGUGGCACUGCAUCCCCAAUGGAUCUGCAAGCCAAAGGAAGGAUAAACACCACUAAUGUAUCUUGUGAAGCUGCUUGAAAAUGUGCAGAAGAAGAUGGUCUGAGUGGCAGUGGUUUAGUUCUUCAUCUGUUCUCCUUUGCAUCUGUGAGUUUCUGUUUUGCAACAAGCCUCUUGUGAAAUGUCCUGACAGGGAAACGAUGAAAAUUUGUCAUCUCCAUGUGCUGUGAGAAAUACCCCAGCUAUGGCUCUGUCUGCACAUCACAUUCGGUUCCGUGCAGACUGCCCGGCACUGUGGGAGCUGCCCUUGCUCCUCCUCCUGCAGCAGGGCUGUGAUUGUAGCCAUACCAGUAACGUGGACGGACUCUUGGUGGAGAAGAGCGAUGGUGUGGCAGCUAUAAUGAACCAGGAAGAGCGGGUCAGUCCUGGGACUGCAGCCCCAGCAGAAGGGAGCAGCUGUUCCCGCCUGAGCCCCUGGGUCUUCCUCGCUUCUGCCCUUGCCGUCAAAACUGCCCUUAUGACCGUCGGCCUCGUUGUUCUCUUUCACAGGAGCUGUGGCCAGUACAAGACUCUGCCUGAGAAUGCUCAAGGGUGGCACUGCAUCCCCGGUGGAUCUGCAAGCCAAAAGGACAGCUGGAAGUGCUGUCCAGAGGGCUGGACACCCUUUAAAGAAAGCUGCUAUUACUUCUCAGAUGAUCAGAUGCCCUGGGAUGAGAGCCAGCAGAACUGCAGUGGGAUGGGCUCCCAGCUGGUGGUGAUCAAUACAGAAGCAGAGCAGGCUUUCCUCUAUAAGGAAAUACAGAUGAAAUACCAACAACACGGAAUCAAUUUAUACAUCGGUCUGCCAAAACAGGAGUAGGGCCAGUGGCGCUGGGCAGACCAGACUCCCUAUAAUGAAUCAGCAGCGUUCUGGAGGUCUGGGGAGCCAAGUAAUGUGACUGAUGAGC